CUUGCAACUCCUAUUGUGUUCCAUACAUAAAACAGUAUAUCUCUUCCAGCCCGUCGUUGCCGCCCUCUUUCAGCUCCCUCUCUACUGCCCUCCUUGCUCUUCUCAAAUAAAAUAUAAUGUACUGGCUCAAUGGCGUGGCAAGUCAGCUGUCCCUAGCCAGUGCAUUGCGUGGCAACACUGCAACUCAAAGUCAAGAUGCCGACAAGCAUUUUCGACAACCACUCGAUAUUGUCAGCGUUGAAGCAUCACCACACGCGUCACUAUUCGUCAGUUGCACUUCCACCGCCGUCUAUUUAUGGUCUGUCAAGCCGACGGCCGUCUUGUCCUUUGUAGAGCGAUCAGAAAAGCAUAUCCAUGAGUUCGGCACGAACAAGCAUAUCAUGUGGAAGCCAGACGCCAGUGCCAUCGUGGUCAUGACCACCAAAAACUAUUUAUUACUUUAUGCCAUUCUCAGCUUCGAGCAGCGAUCAUUUGAAUUUAACUUUCCGCACUCGCAUCAUGCGUUUGUCACUGGUCCCGGUGAAGGUGGCGGCCCACGGACAAUGUUAUUAAAGUUUCGACUGGCGAUUCGAGUAGAUGCUGGCGUAGCAUGCGGUACUUCUUCCGACGAUACACUUAUCAUUGCUACACAAAAACCUGCUGCUAUCCAGUGUAUUUCCUGGAAUCCGCACGAAGUCAAUUCGACGCAAACUGCAGUUCAAAGCAAACUCGGCAUUUUCGUCGAUCCAUCAGAAAAGGUUAUAUCGACCACCUAUGAUAAGGCGAUGAAUGUUUCGAUUUGGGUUACGAGUGCAGGAAGAGUGUAUUUCAUUCAAAAUGCUGGUGCAUCUACUCCUGGACAGCGACGAAGGAGCAGUAGUAGGAGGUUGAGUUCUCCGACAAUGUCGUCCUUUGGAAUAUCGCCCACCGUUCCUAGUUACAAAGAGAUGAUUACAUGGACUGGCACGUGUUUCCACGGAGAAGAAGAGGAAGUGGAUGUAGGCAAACAAGCAACAAGUGUCGCUGUCAAUGGUAAAUUCUCGCUUAUCGCUGUUGGAACGAAAAGCGGAAAGGUGUAUGUAUAUUCAGCAAACAACUACGUUUCGGCACCCACGCUUUCACAUGAAUUUAUACGGCAAGCAAACGGCCCCGCAGAUAUGCGAUCAACGUCAUAUGGAACACAAAGUAGUAUAAAGUCGCUCGCAUGGACUUCGGAUGGAUAUGCCUUGGCUGUCGGUUUUGAAAGUCGAGGAAUAGCAGUAUGGAGUGUCUACGGAAAUCUCUUAUCUUCAAUCAGCGUCAUAGACGAUAUAUUUUACAGUCAUGGUGACGGCGGAGAUGAACCUUAUCUCCCACAAGACACGUAUAUUAAAGGUGUUAGCUCCUUGUUUUGGGGUCCGGGUAAUCACCAUCUAUUUAUCCUCAGUGCGCCAGAACUGAAGGAAAAAAACGACGACUAUUUUGCCAUCGAAAGCGAGAAGACGAGUUUGUUCACUCUGCCUUUUGCAAAAUCGGCCAUCACCAGCUUCCACAAUGCUGAUAACGCGAGGCGAGGAUUGCUGCAGAUGGAUGACAGAAUUUUACUGUACAACUAUGGUGGAGAUUAUCAAGAAAACAAUACUACAACGAUCGAUCCCGAUGCAGUUCUAUGGACCCAAGUGCUGUAUCCGCCCAUGUACAUCACCGAUCACUGGCCUAUUCGAUAUGCAUCCAUUAGCGCAGACGGCAAAUUCGUCGCAGUUGCAGGACGCAGGGGUUUGGCGCACUAUAACACAUUUUCUAAUCGCUGGAAAAUGUUUGGAAACCAACAGCAAGAGCAAGGGUUCCUUGUGCGUGGUGGUUUAGCAUGGUACAAGAAUAUACUGAUCGCGGCUUGCGAAGUGCUUAAUGCACCGGUUGCUGGAAAACUGUACGAGCUACGACUGUAUUCGCGCGACAACAAUCUCGACAACGCGCAUAUCCUCUAUACGGAGACUUUACAACAUACCCCCCUCUAUAUAAACAUAUGUGGGAAUUAUCUGCUAGUCUACACAUCCGACAAUGUUUUAAAUGUGUAUAAUAUUAUCACACGAUCCGAAAGCAUCAAUGCAGCAAACGCAGCCAUCAUGAACGGGAACGGAAAUGUCAACGUCGCUCGAUUGGAACGCGUACGACGAGUUGCCUUUGGUAACGUGGUUGCUCGCGUGACGCGGGUGCGUGGUAUUAGUUUGUUUGGCAGCCAUAAUGGAGAUCAAAUGACUGCAUUGGGCGACGUUAUAUCUGCCAAUAUCGUUAUCUUGGUGGAUGGGAAAUUGAUUAUGCUCUGCCCUCGUGUGCCUGAUGACGACGAUGAUUCAGACUUGACAGGACAAGCCAACACGCAAUCACAAUAUGACCUACAUGUCUUAUCUGAUAAAACCGAAUACUACUGGAUUGGAAAAAAGAGUAUAUCGAAUCUUUUAACUUCUCUUUGGGUUGUUGAUGGCAAAGGUGUUAAGGUCUAUGCGAAUCUUUUACGGAGCGACGAUUAUGGAUUCAAUACAUUUAGCAAUGAUCCAUUUGAAAGCGAACCAUCUACACCUACUACACCGGGUAUCCUGGCUGCAAGGGCCAACAUCGGUCGACCCUACUCGCUAGGCUUUCAUAUCGGCCCAGAACCCUUAUCACCAUCCAUGUCAGUUAUAGAAAUGGACGGUUUCUCACGCUGGCGAAUUCCGAGUAUACGUCAACUAGACGACAGCACGAUUUAUAUACCGUUAGACUUUUAUCCCCACUCUGUGCUUCUUGAAAAAGGCGUAGUUAUAGGAAUAGAGCAAGGCAUGGUGUUUAAAGAGUCCCUUAAAUUUAUGAUUUACAAAAUGAGCAGCAAGACGCAUUUAUUUAUACAUCACAUAUUGCAACAUUUGCUACGUCAAGGAUAUGAAGAAGAUGCAGUAGUAUUUGGUCGCGCUUACGAGCGAUUGAUCUAUUUCGGACACUCUCUUGAGAUCUUGCUCCAUACUGUGUUAGAAGAGGAGACGGAAAAUCGGCCACACCAUGAUCCCAUUUUACCGCUGGUGAUCAAGUACUUGGAUCAAUUUCCUCAUGCUCUGGAUGUCAUUGUCAGCUGUGCACGAAAGACGGAAGUGGCCCUAUGGGAUCAUUUAUUUUCAGUAGUAGGCGAACCAAAAGACUUAUUCGAGCUAUGUUUAUCUGAUGAGCGACUACGCACAGCAACAUCGUACCUUAUCAUCCUUCAAACGAUGCAGCCUCUAGCUGUUGGUGGCAAAGAUACAAUACGCCUGCUACAGAAGGCUAUGGACGUGGAGGAUUUCGAACUUUGCAAAGAGCUUGUACGGUUCCUUAGCUCUAUUGACAACACGGGCAAAACUGUACAGGAGGCGCUAGAGGUGAUCAAGAACCGUAUGGAUCCAAAUAAUCCAAUGUCACCGAACACUGAGGAUGCACAAGUGGCCAAGGUGGUACAAAGUAUGCAAGGAUUGACGAGCACUUGAGCCAUGUUUUCCCUGCUUGUUGAAUAAAUAAAUACAAAAACAUAAACAUCAAUGCCCAUGUCACCACCGUUCUUGCGUGAAAAUUUUAUUGACAGAACAACAAAGGAGUCCUCCUCAG